AUGAAAGGUUUUAUUUCCCUACCUUUAUUUGCCUCCUUUUGCGCAGCCGUUGUCAUCCAUCCAGCCGACACACGCUCGCUUUCUCAUCUGGAAAAGAGAGAAGGCAACCAGGAAGUAAAACAGCUAGAUGAUGAGCCAGAUUACGAAGACCCGGUCACCAAAGCGAAAACACCGAAAACGCGAGUGCUCAUUGUCAACCAGCCAAAAGAGGCGACUGAACGGUGGUUCGACUGGGACGAAUCAUGCACCGACCAGGAAGAUCGACGAAAGAUCACUGCUGCGUUUCAGGACUCCCUCGACUUCAUAAAAAGCGCGUCCGGAUUCCUCGAGGAACUGACAAAAGGCCUUCCACAGAAGCCUGGAAAGAACGCUAAUAAGGAAAAUAUUGCUUUCAUCUCAGAGAAGGACCCAGCUUUCACCCAAAUGUUUUAUGCACAAGACAAUCGAAUCGGGUAUGUCAAAGAGUCGUUUGAUAUUUUGCACAAAAAGAUGCAACAAUUUGAGGGUCGGCAUGGCGACGCGAGUGGCGUGCGGUUCAUCUGCGAUAAGAAAGGGGAGGUGAAGGGUUCAGAUGGAGAAUCUUAUUGCGGAACGGGUAAAGACGCUGCCCAGGCAAUAGCAAACAACCCUAACAAUGAUCAGCCAAUCGAAGCCAAAUACGUUUAUAAACAUUCCUCCAGCAUUGUCUUCUGUCCUUCUUUCUUCGAUGACAUGAGGUUUCCAAACGCAUUUGCCAUUGCUGGAGAUUCCGGCCUCGAGAAAACGCUCGACAACGUUGACUGCAGGGAGCGUAUAAUGAUUCACGAGUGGCUGCAUCUCAAAUUCACAAGGGACAUCGGUCCGAAACCAGAUAUAACCGGGUUUGAAAAAGCAGCGAAAAUUGCGGGAAAACAGUCGCCACGGAAAGCCGACUGGGCAGCUGCCAAAGUGAACUGUGACAAUUACGCCUGGUAUGCGCUCUAUGCGUACUGGAACAAUGCCAACACUGCUUGCGGUGGGGAUGCCUGGCCAAAGGGUGUGAAGAAGCCCAACAAGCCAUAG